GUUGAUGACGAGGCUAUUCUCUUCUUGACUUCAGGAUCUACCGGUUUUUCGAAAGCCGUCGUCCACACUCACCGUACUAUCUUGGCCGCCUGCCGUUCCAAGGGCGAAAACUAUGGUUUGACUUCGGAGACCAAGAUUCUGAACUGGGUUGGAUUCGAUCACGUUGCGGGUUCGAUCGAAAUGCACUUGGCACCUCUGCUGUACGGCGCUUCCCAAAUUCAUGUGCAUCCCGCUGCUAUCCUCUCCGAUCCUCUUCGCUAUUUCCGCCUGAUAGAAGAAAAGUCUAUCGAAAUUACAUUCGCUCCGAACUUUCUUCUUGCCAAGCUCACAUGUGACCUGGAAAAGCGCAACGAAUUGUUUAGCACCUUCAACCUGUCAUCGCUGAGGCGUAUUAACAGCGGUGGUGAAGCUGUUGUCAGCAAGACUGCCCAGGCAUUCGCUGCUACCCUUAAGAACCUCGCCAAGGAUUCCAACUCGUCCUGCGUUAUCUCUGCCGGUUUUGGUAUGACCGAGACCUGUGCUGGAUGUAUCUACGAUCCUAUUGACGUGCUUGCAAACCCUCCUGCCCGCGAGUUCCUGGAACUCGGCACCCCUAUCCCGGGUUGCGAGAUGCGUAUCGUUGACCCUGAAGACGGCGUCACCAUUCGCCCUGAUGGCGAAAGUGGUGAACUCCAGGUCCGUGGCCCCAUGAUUUUCGUCCGCUACUACAACGACGCGGAGGCAACCUCCUCUUGCUUCGUUGUGGGUGGCUGGUAUCGCACAGGCGACAUCGGUAUCAUCGAGAACGGAAAAAUGCGUCUGAGCGGUCGUAUCAAGGACACUAUCAUCGUCCACGGUAUUUCAUUCAGUAUCCCUGAACUUGAGACCCACCUCCAGACAGUGGAGGGUGUUACACACUCUUUCCUUACUGCUGCGCCAUACCGUGCUCCUGGCCAGGAUACGGAGGGCUUCGUUGUUUUCUACUCUCCCACGUUCAGCCUCGAUGAAGAGGAUGCUCCCGCUAAACUUUACGCAACGCACCGUGCCCUCCGUGACGUCUCUGUCAAGAUGAUCACGCUGUCCCCGCAACAAAUUAUCCCGAUUCCCAUCAACCAGAUGGAGAAGACCACCCUCGGGAAGGUCUCGAGAGCACGUCUCAUCAAGCAGUUCAAGGAGGACCAACUCGGUCAACACAUCGCCCGCGCGGAAGAGUUGCUUAGCUUCGCUCGCGGCGCUAGCUUCGUUUCCCCUUGCACCGAAACAGAGAAGACUCUGGCUCGUAUCUACGCCGAUAUUUUCAACAACAAUAUCAGCGACGUCUCUGCCAGUGACAACUUCUUUGAGUUGGGCGGCACCUCGAUUGAUGUCAUUAGGCUCAAGCGUGAGGCGGAGGCUGCCUUUGGACUUCCCGAAAUCCCAACUAUUCAGAUCCUCAAACGCCCCGUUCUCUCUAGCCUGGCCAGCUACGUCGAUGCUCUGUGCUCCAAGGAGGGUUUCCAAGAGGAGUAUGACCCGAUUGUACCCCUUCAGCUUACUGGCGACAGGACCCCGGUCUUCAUGGUCCACGCAGGUCUCGGUGAAGUCCUCAUCUUUGUCAACUUUGCGAAGUCCUUCCAAAACGAGCGGCCAUUCUACACUCUGCGUUCUCGUGGUUUCGAGUCCGGCCACCCAUUCUUUGGGUCCGUGAAUGAGAUGGUGUCUUGUUAUGCAGCAGCUGUCAAGCGCACCCAACCCAAGGGUCCCUACGCUAUUGCUGGAUAUUCAUACGGUGGUGUUGUUGCCUUUGAAGUCGCGAAGCGCUUGGAAGCGAUGGGCGAUGAAGUCAAAUUUACAGGUGUGAUCGAUAUUCCUCCCCACAUCGCCGACCGGAUGCGCGAAAUUGACUGGACGACGAAUGCCAUUGACUUGAACAACUCACUGAGACCGCUGUCUCGCAAGGAUCAAUUCGACCUGAUCUGGAAGUUGUCUCCGCCGGAACGCCUGAUCGAGUUGCAGGCGACUCUGGAGAAACUUGGCCACUGGCUCGACAUCUCCGGUUCCUUGAUUGAGUGUGGCAAGGAAUACAACCCUUCGGGAUCAGUCCGUGAGUAGCCUUUUUACAUUCGUUCAUGUUUCGUCAUCAUGCAUUAUGCACUGUUG